GUUUAAAUAAAGUGCCAUGUUCUGUGUUUACCAGCAGACUCGUGCAGGUUGUAUUAAAUAUUUGUCAAGAAGGACCGAACUCCAGUCUUGGGUCUUAAAUCUCCGCGAGGAACCGAUCUUUGUAGAUAGAUCAGUGGUAUGCCCAGCGAUCCGCUACCUUCCCCAUAAUCAAGCGAUGAUUCCAUAGUCAAAGCUAUUUCAAAUUUUGCAUUUAAAGAUUAUAAUAGAGCCAUUCUGUAAGCGCUCUUGCAUUGUUUGAAAUAUCAAUCCAAAUCAUCAGGUCUUCAGGCGUGCGUGUUAGCGGAGUGAGAUACCAUUGUAUCGGGAGACCGGGAGGACGUGCCCCGCCGUCCGUGAUUUAUCCGCGGAGCCACACCGACAAUAGGGAGAUUUCACCCGCAGGGUUAUAAAAGAUGACUUUUGCCGGUAUUACUAAAAACACUUAAAGGACAAUAUCGGUUCAUCGAUUGGGUUGUAUAAACAAAUGACCACGUUAACACACCAAUGGUUUAUAUAGAGCAAAUGUGAAGAACCUCGAGUGAUUUCUGGAGAUUAAAUGUACAUGUGAAUAAUGACAAUAGAAAAACAGGAAGUGGCGCUGGUGCUGGCGAAGAAGAGGGACGAAAAGGUUUUACAGAAAGAAUUGUCCACGAUAAGAAUUGAAAAACAUAAUUCUGUGGCCGACAUUAAAAGAAGCCAGAAGGAAAUGAAGAAGCGAUUGAAAAGAAUAAGAGACAGACAAAGGGAAAUACAAAGGUCAAAGACUGUGGUAGAGGAAUCACGUGAUGACGUGGACUUCGGCAUGCCUGCUGUACCCGUGUCCGUGAAGUCACCAGCCAGGCCCAAAACUGGACCGCCAUCGUUCCUUAAAAGCAAAGUUUCCAACUUUUUCAAACCUAAACUUGAACUGAAUGAUCCAGAAGUAGAAAUUGACCCAUCGCUUUUGUCGGAUCAGACAAAAUCUAAAAUAGAUCUGAGGCCGGCAACGGCGCGUGCGCUUAAGGAGGAUAAAGCUCUUUUGGAUAGGUGUCGCUCUACCGGCAGACUGGGAACUAAAGCGUCAGAAUGUAGGUAUUUUGAUCCGGACGAAAUUACUGACAGAAACAAAUUCUAUUGCGGGCUAAUAAAGAACUGGAAACAGACAGAAAAAGAAAAUUGUAAUAACAUUGAAAGAAAAGUUGGACAGUUCUUAGGUCAAAGUGAUGAAGUGUUGAAUCGCCGCGUAAAACGGUCUGUCUUCUUGCGGCAAACGGACAUCCCCGUGGUUCAACGCAAGAGAGUAUCCACACUGGAAACCCAUUAUACCCCAUCUCCACAUUUAAGACCCGUCUCAACUGGAAGUGACCUACGACCUCCAGAGAGAGUCUUCAGACAUACAGCUCUUCCACAGAGGGUGUUAUCAGCCGUCAUUGCCAAUCGCAGGCCCACAGAAAGUCGUUCCCGCGCGAGACCAAUGUCUCAUAAAUGAUACCAGACACUUGUCCACAGAUACCAUUAUAUUUGCUACGUCAGGACUUUGAAUAUAAAUAUUGAUUAUCAUAGCGGUAUAGCGAUAUUACAAUUGUGUUAGUACCUUUUCGCGCUUUUCUCUGCACAUGCAUUUCUUAAACUUUGCGUCGAUUUUACUGUGCAAUACACCAUUACAUUUGCUAAACAUAUUCAGAAGUUACUGAUCUGCUGUUUGUGAUUUAAACAUGACUGAAAUUCUAUUUUGUUUGUGCGCAUUUCUCGACAACAUUGACUGUACAGGUGUAUUUUAAACAGUAAAGAAUACACAACAUACAUACCACGAGUUCAUCAUAUACCACAAUAAUCAACAAGAAGACAUACCACACCAACAGUACGUAAUGAGUACAUAACACAAUAUUUACAUUUGAAAGAUAUUUGUUUUUGAUACCAAUUGGUUUUACUAAUUGAUAUGAUAACCAUUUUCCCAUGAAUGUGAACGAUGUGCGAAUAAAUCUUGAUGAUUUCAA